UUGAAGCCGACGAGUAUGUCGGCUGAGUUUCAGCAGCAAUUCGAGGAAUACGUGAGACAGCGAAGAGAACAGACGUUGCGACGAGAGGCACAAGAAAUCAAGGAUGCGGAUGUCAGCGACACAAGGAGCCAUCGGUCACGAGCGCAGAAGCUUCUUCAUAUCCGGGCAGGCGCGUGCGCAGGCCGAAUGUGAGGAUUAUGGGUCGUGAGUGGCAAAACUAGACCCCGGUCUUGUAACACAGUCUUGUAACACGGAUAUAUGUGCAAGGCUGAAGGGAGAACAAGGCGUGGAGAAUAAGAAAAACACUCUACCAUUGCCUUCCUCCUCCGUACAUUCUUCUUCCCGUUCCUAUCUCCAGUUCUUUGAUUUCAUCUAUACAAGUGGGUUGUUGAAAAAUUGGUAUCAGAUUCAUAGAUCCUUGGGGGCUGGCGCACGGAUACUGUACACGUCGCGCCAAGAAGUCGAGGGUCCAUGGAACCAAAUCUGCACUCGGCAAUUGAGGAGCAAUCUCGUCUUCUCCGUGACAUCUGCGACCGUCUGGUCACUGGUGGCACAGGAUACGCGCUGGUGCAUGCUAGAGUCUGCGGUGGCACAGAACUCCGCCUCGAUCCAUUCUCUCGAAGCGUCAGCGGCCAACGCGUCCUCAUCUGCGCCAAGGCAGAAUCUCAAGAUCCAGAUGGCAACGACUUCGGAGCGCCUGGAUGCAGUCGAGGCAGAGGCAGCGUCGUGGGUCGGCGCGCUCGAAUCCGUGACGGUGAUCAGCGACCUUCGAAUCGUGGCGUCCCUUCGUCGAGGCCGCAAUAGACGACAUCAAGUAUUCCGUCGAGAAAUUGUGUGGCGACUUGUCCAAAUUGGCGGUUCCGGCGCCUCAUCCGCUGCACACGGCCUUCGUCCACUCCACCGGGGUUCUCCGUCCUGCUCCAUCGGCCGCGGAGCGCCCAUCUGCCACAGCCUACAAGGCCGAUGGCCCUCGUGGGCACCGCACGAAUCACAAUUGUCGGGAGUCUGGCUUUGGGCAUGUAUUUGCUCAAAGCCAUCUCCUGCCCAAUGGUACGUCCUACUGCUGGUUCUCUUCACCAUUCCAUCAUAUGGAUCCUAUUGUCGAUAGUGCCGAUAACUUGAUUCAGGAUACCCAAUUGCACUAUGAUCUCGGCAAAUUACCUAGGCUUAAUUUCCCAUGUUUUGACGGCGACAAUCAUAGACUCUGGCAGCGUCGUUGUGAAGAUUAUUUUUCGAUGUAUGCUGUUAGUUGUCUGGAUUAAAGUCUCCAUAAUGCAUUUUUCUGGGGCAGUUGCCUGUUGGCUACAGUCAGUAGAACCAACUUACCAGCCUUUCCUGGGAUGAGUUUAGCCAUAUGUUGAAGGAGAGGUUUGGGAAAGACCAACAUGCCACUCUAGUGCACCAAUUAUUACAUAUCAAACAACAAGGGUCGGUUACCGAAUACAUAGAAUAGUUUUCCCAGCUAGUUUAUCACCUCAAUAGCUACCAACACAUGUCUAACCCCUUUACUAUACUAUGAAAUUUUUGGAUGGUUUAUGCUAUGACAUUAAGUCUAUGGUUAUGAUUCAGCGCCCACAAAACUUGGAUACUGCCUAUGUUCUCGCACAAUUGCAGGAGGAGAUUGUCGAGACCUCGAAGAAGGACUACAAGACAUUUGCAUCAACAUCUCAAGGGAAGCCUUAUGUUCGAGGUCCUCUGCCGCUGCCUCUCCACCACCUAAGGUCCUUGCUGCUGUUACCCGACCACCUGAACAUAGAUCGGUACAUCCUACCUCAGCUCCGUUGGGGGUGAUCGGCUGUCAUCAGUCUAUGCCUAUCGCAAAGCUCAAGGGCUUUGCUACAAGUGCGGAUCUUCUUACACCCGUGGACACCAGUGCCCAGAUACAGUCCAACUUCAUCUUGUCGAAGAGCUUUGGCAGCAGUUUUCCCAACCUUCAUAACAUACCCCAUGUGAAACUGAAGAAGUUGUGGAACUCAAUUGUCUUCAACUUUCACAACCAGCUGCAUUGGGUGUUUCAAACUUGAAGACCAUGCGUUUUGUGGGUGAGUUCGUGGGGCUCUCAAUUCUCAUACUGUUGGAUUCGCGUAGCUCCAUUUCUUUUUCUCAGUUCAACCAUCGCCCAACAAUGCCCCCAAAGCGUCUCCCUUAGCUCGGCCUCUUGUGGUUCUAGUAGCCAAUGGAUCUCAGAUGGUCUGUCGAUCUGAGUUGGUGAAUACAGCAUGGUCCAUUUGUUAGAUUUA